CUUUGGUACCAACGGAAUCGGGUUAUGUGGAAGCCGAGCAAGCUUCCUCCACCACAAGUUCUGAGAACGUAUCGCUUAGAAUCUGUCCUGCGAGGACACGUCGUCUGCCUAAAUCAUGAAUCGUCAAUAUGGAUAACAUGUGGAGAGUAUCCCGCUCGACAAGUCGUUGGGUUGGUGUCACGACAAGCAUUGAGAAAGUUGCCGCCUUAUCCGGUGUCUGGAACUGACUUCGCACAGGGACACUCAUCCUGCGCACAUCGCCGGAUCACAUCUGGGGAGAAAGAUGGAGACAAUGCGAUACAGCGGGUCCGGACUUGGGAGUCGAGAUCCCUCUUGAUGGUGUUGUGCAUCGAUCCCGACCCCCACGACGAUUCCAAGGAAGGCCUUGGUUAUGCAGGGGCGGCAUUAGGAUCGGCACGCUCAAGCUUUUGUCGCACGCCACGGGCGUUUUGCGAAACAGCCUUCCGCGAUAACGGCAAUGACCCUGAAAUUAAGGAUAAGCACCUUGGGAUCCCUUGACACGUGAAAGAUAAAGAAACAACGGUCGAGUAAUCCCCAAGUCGAUGCGACCGACUGGGCGACCGAGCAGCAGCUGUUGAUUAACUUUUUGCCUGUGUA